GCGUGCUAUACCCCAGCAGAUAACUGAGAUCACCCGUUCAGCUCGGCAGUGUACUUGGGCUCGACUUAUCCCUUGAUGCUCAUUCUGAUUUUAACUCAGUUUGGCUUACUGAUCAAAUAGAUAAAAAAAAAAACUUUUCAUUAUGUGGUUUGAAAACGGUAAUAUCAAUAGCACUAUCAUCACAAAUCUCUUCCACUAUCCCAUUGGAAAAUCCAAAGAAUAUUCUCAGCUCAGGCAGCAAACUACCGAUAAGUAUAGUGCUGUCAUCAAUUGGAUACUUAUUGUAUUUUUGUUGAUCAUUCCAGUUAAAAAUUUACUUCUUUCAAAAGGUUAUACGGUUUCCGGGAAGAUCCCAUUGCUUAAAAUAGUCAACCUGUAUUUGAAUAAAGUGAUCAGAGGUGAAGAAAAAGACCAAGAAGACGAAUCAGAUACUAAUAGAGAGGAAGAUAUUCGAAAUUUAACGUUGAAGAAAAAAUUUGCCAUCAGUUCAAAAAAAUGGGUUUACUUAUUAUACUAUAACUCUCCGAGUCUCAACAACAUUGGAUUUUGGUCCAUCUUGCUUACAAUCUUAACGCUAAGUGAGUCGUACCAUGGAGAUUUGAUCUUCAUUGCAAAACGUUUGGGACGCAUUGCUAAUAAUUGCUUACCAACAAUACUAUUCUUGUCAUUGAGACCUUCGCCAUUACCUCAUACCUUAUAUUUGGGUUUGCUUCCUAUACAUAAGUGGCUAUCUCGGAUUAUAAUCUUACAAUCGAUUCUUCAUACUAUAGCUUAUUGUGGGUUUUUCCAAAAAAAUGGCACUUGGGCUAAAGCUUGGAAAACUGAAAACUUGUACGGUUGGGCUGCGCUAACUGGAUUCCUUUUCAUUAUAAUAACUUCAAUACUGAAAAUGAGAAACCCUCAUUAUAAAUUAUUCUUUUUAAAUCAUUAUUGUUGGACAUGGAUUGUGGUUAUUUGUCUACAGUUUCAUGUGAGACCCAAGAAAGCGACUUUUUAUACAUUGAUAAACUUAUCGAUUCUAUUUGGUCAAAUAUUUUACAGAUUAAAAUUAUCCAAGACAACUCUGUCAAAGUAUGAUUUCAAAGUUACUGAUGUCUCACCUAAUUUGGCUUAUAUAGAGUUCCCAAAUUACCUUAUUUCAAAUAAAGCAAUAAACCCUGGUGCUCAUAUAAGAUUAACAGAGUAUCAUCCAAAUUACUUAGUACGCUUAUAUAAACAAAUAAUCCCUAAUUAUCAUCCAUAUACAUUGGUUUCCCUACCCCAGGAUACUUAUCAAAAACUUAUAUUAAGAAAAUCAAACUUUCAAGUUAAGAAUUAUCAUAAAUAUAUUGUUUAUGGUACAUUUGAUCCUCAUUUAUUAUUUAUCAAAUCAAAAGUUAGUAAGAAUUCCCAGUUUUCAAUUUCUAAAUUAGCAAUUAAUGCCAAAAAAAUAUUAAUCGUAGUUGGAGGAUCGGCUAUAUCAUUUGCACUUCCGAUUUUAAGGGUCAUGAAUUAUCACGGAGUUAGAACUAAAAUAGUUUGGGUCAUUAAAGAUUUUAGAGAUAUUUCAAUCUUGAAAUAUUUUGAUGGUUUUAUUCAUGAUGACGAUUUUGAGAUUUUUGUCACUGGUGACUUUAACUUGAUUUCUAAUAAUGGUUAUGGUUCGACUGAAAACAAUACCGAGACAUUGGAUCGUAUGGACCCUGACUUGGAAAAUCAAGCCAGCGAAUUGGAUCCAUUAAUCAAUGAUCAGCAAGCUAGUGAAAUCGACGACACUUUACGUCAUGAAAAUGAAAAUGAAAACGUUGACAUUUCGAUCGAUAACGGAGAUGAAGAACAAAGCGAUAACGAAAGUGAAUGUAUAACGGACCUUGAUUGUAAUGUGCCACAACUAAUUUUGAAUCAAAGGAAUGAAGCAGAGAAUGAUAUUAUCGAAGAAGAUCAAGAAAACCAAGAAGACAUCUACCAGGAACCACAGUCACCGAAAACCCAAGCAUCCUCCUUAACCAAUGAAGCAUUUUUACCAAGUCUUAGUAAUAUCAAAUCAUCAAAUAAUUUACAAAUUGAACAAUUCAAGGAGACGGUUACCAAAUUAAGGUUAACUCAUCGUAUUUAUAAAGGACGUCCUAGAUUGAACUAUCGAUACUUCAAUUGGUGUGUCAAUGAGGAUGAUAUUUUCACUCAAUGUUCUGGACCUAAGGCCGAUUCGUCUGGUAACACGUUUUGCUGCCGAGAUUUACCUAGAGGUAAUGUACAUGAAGAUAAACUAACUCCUGAUGCUAGUAAAGCAUGGGUCAUUUCUGCUGGACCAUCUGGGUUAGUAAAUAAUGUAAAAUUAUGGGCAAGUGAAAAUGGAUUAAAAUUCCAUGAGGAAGCUUUUUACGUUUAAAU